AUGGCGGCGACCCGCCCAUACAAGGGCCCGGCAAAACUUAACAUACCUAGGAGGCAUGAAAAGGCGGUCCCGCUGCAGCGACACACUGCGCUAAACGGGGACCGGACAGGGCCGAAGGGCCCCAGGCAGACCACACCGCAACACCCCUACCGACAACACUCGGAGGUAGGCCCUGGCACAACUCGGAGGCGACACCACAGCCGGCGACACAUCACCUCACGCAGACUCUUUCACGUUGGCAGGUCCACCCCACCGGAAUGGGGCCAUGCCUAUAUCAACGCAGAGACCCCAUGCAUCGAACGAAGAGGCUGGACACUCUAUAACACCAAGAAGAUCCCUGCAACCAGACUGCACGCCCUGAGAGCUGGAGUUGGCUAG